GUCGCAAUGCGAAAAACCGUGACUGCUCUACCAGGGGAGUGCUCCGUCGGAACGACCUUUCCUCCUUGACGACGAGAUCGGCCACCGGAAUGUCCUAUAUACAGGCAAGGUUAACUUCAUCACCGGCCCUAUUCGGUCAAGUUCAGCAGCUGCCGCAAAACCCCGUAGCUCAGCCGCCGACACCUUUUAAAGCUCCUGCCCAUGUGCGUUCAAGGCGAGCAUUGCGGAUUUUGCCUCGGUAGUGCCGAUAAAACGUAUCCAGGUCUUGCGGAAUACGGAGGGUGGGAUAAUCGCGGCAUCACGCUAUGUCAGAAUGAGCGGUACUGUGUUCCAGUAAUGAUUGAGAAGUUUCCAUGCCUGGAGAAAGACAGAUCGGCAGAAAGCCAAGCUAGGGUUCAAGGUUGCACAGCUGCAAGCGACAAAUCAACAUACCUAGUACUGUAUCAACACCUGUAUGUGAAUAGAGUCCAAGUAAAUGACGAUCGACCAAGGCAUGUGUCGGAACCGCUACGAGGCAAACGAAGGGAAAAAUGGUCAGUGGUCGCAGAGUGUCACGAGGAUGUCAAUUUUUUGGUUGUUCCUGAUGAUGAUUGUGUUCUGUGUUCUCAACUGCCCGAUGUUCCAGACAGCCUCCAGGGUGUCUAUCACCAGCCACAUGUGGGUCCGUCUUGGCACCCCUGAAUCAGGGUUCACGUUCCAACAGCAUGUUACAUUUGAUAGACAGCCGCAUGCGCCCAGGCCGGCGAACCCUAGUACCCACUGUAUCUCAUA